AUGAUAUUUAUUGAUAAGGCAUGGAAAAAAGUGGCUCCUUCUACGAUACUCAAGUGUUUUAAAAAAUCGGGAUUUACCAAAAAAAUUCAAGAAACAGAAAACGACCAGUUAAAUAUUGAAUCGAUACAAUGGAAUUCCCUGCCAACUCAAGAAAAUGUAUCUUUCACUGAUUAUGUCAAUGUAGAUGAAGAUGUUGCUGUAUGGGGAGUCUUCUCUGAUGCCGAAAUUUUGGAAAAUACAUUAAGCAUUGAUGAAGACAAUGAAGAUGACACAAGUCCUCUACCUCUUGUGACUUUAAAAGAAGCCAGUUUAUCCUUGGAAAAAUUACGAAAUUUCUCGCUCCAGUCAGAAGUCACUGUUGAGGUUUUUGAUGCUUUAUUUACUAUAGAAAAUACUAUUGAAAAAAUUAAACUAAAUUCAAUGAAGCAGAAAACCAUAACAGAUUUCUUUAAAAAAUAA